GAGUGUAUUAGAGCCUUAGGACGAAAUAAACCUCAUACACCUUUCAGAGCAAGCAAACUUACUCAGGUGCUAAGAGAUUCAUUCAUAGGAGAAAACUCCCGUACCUGUAUGAUUGCUACAAUUUCUCCAGGGAUGGCAUCCUGUGAAAACACUCUAAAUACAUUGAGAUAUGCAAAUAGGGUGAAGGAGCUGACAGUCGAUCCCAGUGCUGCAGGAGAUAUCCGUCCCGUUAUACACCAUGCUCCUAACCAGAUUGAUGACCUGGAGACACAGUGGGGUGUGGGGAGCUCUCCUCAGAGAGAUGAUCUCAAGCUGCUCUGUGAACAAAACGAAGAGGAAGUUUCUCCACAGUUGUUUACUUUCCAUGAAGCUGUGUCACAAAUGGUAGAAAUGGAAGAGCAAGUAGUAGAAGACCACAGGGCUGUCUUCCAGGAAUCUAUUAGAUGGCUGGAAGAUGAAAAAGCUCUUCUAGAGAUGACAGAAGAAGUAGACUAUGAUGUGGACUCUUACGCCACCCAACUUGAAGCAAUUCUUGAGCAAAAAAUAGAUAUUCUGACUGAACUUAGAGAUAAAGUGAAAUCUUUCCGGGCAGCUCUACAAGAGGAGGAACAGGCCAGUAAACAGAUCAACCCGAAAAGACCACGUGCCCUUUGAAACAGGCCUUUGCUGCUGCUAAAGGAAUCCGUGAACCCAUACUGCUGUAGCACACGUUUGUUACAAAACCAAGUGGCUGUAAGAACUCAACUACUUGAAAAGUGUAAAAACGUUAGAAAUGUCUGUGGAAAUGUCCUGUUUCUUAUUCACCUGAAUGACAUUUUCAGUUUUGUGUGAAAUGCUUCUAUGAUGUCUACAAAAUGCUUCUAAACCAGACAGCACAACCAUGCGGGGUUCAGAUCUGUGAAGCACUUUGUUUAAAAUAUUUCAUUUAUUCAAAUUGUGAACUUUAUGUUUGGAAAUACUUGCCAUGUUUCUAAUACUGAAGUAAAACUGUGGCCAUUGAAGUCACAGUAGUUUCCUUUUGACUCUAUUCAGUUUUGUUACGAAGACCCGCUGUGCAGUUUUCAAUUGUGUUUGCGUGCAUGCACACCUCACUAGUGGUCGUACAGAACUUCUCUUCUACAGACAGCUGUGCUUACCUCUUCCCAUUCUGUGCCUUGAUGAAGGCUACUUAACCCUAAACACCCUCUUUCUAAAGCACAGCCUUAACAAACAACAUUCCUUGUUUGUCGAUAUGAAUUACUUUUUGUGCGUGUACAUUUUUCAUGUGUUUUGAGACUUCUUUUUUGGUGGCUAGUUUCAUUUCACAGAAUGUGCCAUAUCAUUUGAGCAGGAACUGUAAGAGCUGUUAAGAGUGGACAAAAAGAUGACAUUCCAUCCUCCGUGUAAAAAUCUGGAAUCUAGAUUUAUUUGAAUACCAUAAAGAAUGGUUAUAUAAUUCUACAUUUUCUCUGUAAUAAAACCAAACCAAAACAGAACAAAAAAAACCCACAUAAAUAUGUUAGUUGAUGUAUAAUAAAGGGUUAUGUUUAAGUACUGAGGAGACUUGUAUCUUAGUAUAAUGCAGAUGCAGAGUAUGUGGUUUGGCGUGAUAGUGCUUUCAGAGUAAAGGUACCAUACAUCCUUUGCUUAUGGAUAACUGUCAAAUUAUGGGGAUACAGCUAAAUGCUUACAUAUUUGCCUUCCACAUACUGUUAAAAUUUAGCUUUUGAUGCAUGACAAACUUACAUGUACAUUAACUGUAGUUUGUAGGUAGAGUAGCUUUGUUGCUUUUAAAAAAAAAAAAAAAAAAAGUAGCUAAUACCCAUUUUCCCCUUUGUACAGUGCCAGCAGCUGAAAAGUGGGGUGAAAUAGUACCAUUUGAGGAUUUUGCACAAUACCUCUAUUAGCACCAAUAGAAAUCCCAGAAAUACCUGAACUCUUGCAAAUGGUGCUGUGUGUAUCAGCACUUUUUAGGUGGUGGCACUAAAAUUAUUUUUUGGCAAGUCAGUAUCCAAAAAAAAUUGACCUUUCAUGUAAGAACUUCUUGUCAAAUGAAGAACUGUAGACCUCUCUAGGAGUUCUCCCUGUUUCCAGGAGUUCAUAUCCAGACUUUCCCUUCGAACUGUUUAAAAAUUACUUUUGGAAUACAGGCCUGUAUAAGGGAAAUAAAGGGAAGGCAAUGACAAGAGAGUUAAAUGAGCCAGGAAUUCUUGUAGUGUUUAAUGUUUGUAUUUCUUACAGGAAGGUAGGCUAUGAGAAGCUCUUGUUGCAUCAUGAUUAAAAGUUAAAAAAAAAAAUCCUUCUGUGUGUAAACAUGAAAACUGAGGCAAUGUAGACUUUACAUAAAUGUGUUUAAUAAAUUAAACUAAUAA